AUGCCUGCCCGUCUCCUUUUUCUAGCUGCGCGGUGGCAGAAAGGAAAGCCGAGCCAGCGCGGCGCCCGCGGACGCCCCAACCCCGCCUUGACCGUUGGCGGCUCCGCAUCCCAAAUCAGACGCCUCCUCCCUACCCCUCGGCAAGCGGAGCAAUCGAGGGUGGUUGGUCCGCCGAGGCGGGGGAGAGCGAGCAUGGUGAGGGCCCUCGACAGCUAUUCCUCCGUCAAGGACGUCGCCUACAGCUGUGGAUACUGCGGCUAUGCAUUAAAUUUGAGCUCCUCCACACGGAACACGGCCAACAUCGGAUCCAAGUAUGGCAAGCAGAUCAGGAAAGGUGUUGUCUCAUUCUUUGCAAUUGAUGAGAACCGUUUUACACAAACUGAUGAGGUGAGCUGCAUGCCAUACUUCCAUUCAAGCCGUUCAUGGGGCUUCUUCAGAAACAGGACACGGUUGCUCUGUCGGAAAUGCAGUGGUCAUAUUGGUAAUGCUUAUGAAGAUGAGGAUUUCACUUUGUGCGAAGCCUCAGAUGAUCUGGACAUGAGCUCCAAGAGCAGCAGCACAUCCACUCGGAAGAAAUAUGUUAUCAAGAUCAAUGCACUACAGCCCUCAUCGGACGAUGACUCUGGUGCUCUCUUCUCCCGUGAUGGCAAUCUGAAUUCUGAACUGCAGCCAUGUGUGCCUUGUCAUGUUAACUGAACUGCAAACGGAGUCAAUUGAGAACCAAGAAAUGCUCAGUAUUGUCAAGAACUUUUUAUAGGGGAAUUUGCUAUCUUUGUUCUGUUUCAGACUUUCAGUCCAUCUUCCUGCUCAUAUUCUAUAGCUCCAUUUCCCUUCUGCAGCAGUGUAAAGUGUAUAUCUUGGCAGGACUAGUGAAUUUUGAUUGUGUGAAUACUAAUGUAAAAUGAUAGGGUUUUCGCGUCUAUUCUGUAACUUGCCUCCAGACUCCAGAGUGUUUGCACUGUGUUCUUAAAGUUGGCUGCAGUUACAAUUUUGAGACUUCUAGUAUCAGGUAUCAAUUCGAUAUACAUGUCUUGUUGUGUCUGAAUGCGCAUGGGCGUGGCAUGCAAUUGUAGAUUUCAAAGAGUAACCAAUGUAUCAGGAUAUUGUAAUAUGCCUUUUGAAUUUUGUCCAUUUGAAGGUUAAGGAUAUGGUGGUUUUCGCAUA